AUAUCUAUUAAUUAUUUUAUGAUGUCGCUCAGGUAACAGUGGAGAAAAGAUAAGAGCAAAAACAGAACGCAUUUUGGGUGGUGAGUUUUCAAAACAACAAUGGCAUCAUCAACAUUAUCUUCUCUCUCUUCACUACCAUUGCAACACACUUUCACCUCUAACUUCAAAACUUCUUCUCAAUUUCCCAACAAAACUUCACCUUUUAUCAUUUUCGCUCAACAGAAAAUAAAGAAAACUCGAAAGAUAAUUUUGAAGGAAGAUAUUGUUAAUAUUGGAAAGAAAGGGGACCUUCUUAAUGUAAGGGCUGGUUUUUUCAGAAAUUUUCUGUUUCCAAGUGGCAAAGCUGAGAUUGUAACUCCUGCUAUACUCAAGGAAAUGAAGAUAGAGGAAGAAAGAAUUGAGGCUGAGAAACUACGGGUAAAAGAAGAGGCGCAGCAACUUGCUCUACUUUUUGAAACCACGGGAGGUUUCAAGGUUAAGCGUAAAGGUGGUAAAGGAAAACAAAUCUUUGGAAGUGUUACGGCUCAAGAUCUUGUUGACAUAAUCAAGUCACAGCUUCAAAGGGAGGUGGACAAGAGAAUUGUUACUCUUCCCGAGAUCCGUGAAACGGGAGAAUAUAUUGCAGAGUUAAAACUUCACCCAGAAGUUACAGCGAAAGUGAGGGUCUUUGUUUCAGCUAACUAAGCACUGACAUGUUUCAAAGUUGCAUAUGCUAAAUGCACAAUUGGGAGCCAUCGAUUUGCAUCACUUCAAGGUGCAUAACCAUCUUUUGAGUUAUGACGAUAAAUGUUCAAACUUCAUUCAAGCUUCACGCAGUAGUCUUGCGACUUUGGCCAAAGGCUCGGACGAGGAAGGACUUGUAAUGGAUACUUCCCCAAAUGUAGACAUUGUUGUGAUUUUGUUAACAUUUUAUUUGUUUUUUGUAUCCCCUCUUUGAAUGUGUAUUAAGUUUUCAGGACAAUGUAAUGUUCUACAUUAUGAUGGUAAUAGAUUUUUGGAAAGAAAGCAUGCUUAAGAUUAA